AUGGCUGACUUCCAAAUCCUUCUCUCCUUCCUUUCCUUGCACCCCUUUCACAGAUUCCCCAAGGAGAAUCGUGAGGGUCGUAAUCCUUUCACCUGGAUGCCAUUUGGUGCUGGUCCUCGUAUCUGUCUUUUUAUAAGGUUCGCCCUCAUGGAGGCAAAGAUGGCGCUUGUUCGAUCUCUCCAAGAAGUUCGCUUUGGGAUUUCCCCACUAACCAAGAUUCCACCCCCUGUCGACAACACUUCACUCAUGUCAAAGAAGGAUAGCUACACAUUCAAGGUUGUUCAGCGUAAUUGA